AUGGCCCCCCCGCCGAAGCAGAUGUCCCACCUGGGCUCCUUCAUCGCCGGAGGUCUCGCUGCGUGCGGAGCAGUCACCGUCACCAACCCCGCCGAACUCGCCAAAACCCGAUUGCAGCUCCAAGGAGAACUCGCAAAAGGCGGACAAGUCAAGAAGAUCUACACCGGUGUCUUCCAAGCUAUCGGUACAAUCUUCAAGCAUGAGGGAAUCAGGGGAUUGCAGCGGGGGUUGGGUACGGCGUAUGUAUACCAAAUUGCCUUGAAUGGGUGUCGGUUGGGAUUCUACGAGCCGAUCCGGAGAGGGACGAAUAAGAUUGUGUAUGGGGAUGUGGAUCAUCCCGGAUCAGUCGCUACCGCUGUCUGGGCUGGUGCUUUCUCCGGUGUGUUGGGUGGGUGUUUGGGAUCGCCGUUCUACUUGGUGAAGACGAGAAUGCAGUCAUACUCCCCCGUGCUGCCGGUCGGUACGCAGCACUAUUACCGCCACAUGUUUGAUGCGUUCGGCCAGAUCUACAGGAAAGACGGCGCGAAGGGCUUGUUCCGUGGUAUGGACGCCGCGAUUAUGAGAACUGGAGCCGGAUCCUCGGUUCAGCUCCCGAUAUAUAACUACGCCAAGGCAUUCAUCGAGAAACACGACCUCAUCGGUGACGGACCCGCCAAACACUUGUCCGCGUCUGCUAUCUCCGGUUUCGGUGUGUGUACCGUCAUGCAGGUUUUCGAUACCGUUAUGACUCGUAUGUACAACCAGAGUGGUCAGCUUUACAAGAACCCCUUCGAUUGUUUCUACAAGACUGUGAAGGCGGAGGGAUUCCUUGCGCUCUACAAGGGAUUCGGAGCUCAUUUGUUGCGUGUUGGACCUCAUACUGUGUUGACGUUGACGUUUAUGGAGCAGACGAUGAAGAUGAUGAAGUACUUUGAGGGUAUGUAA